ACACAGAGUAUAGUCACCCAGGCUGUCCUAGGCCUCUGCUCAAUGUCUGUUAUCAAGUUAGCCCUAGCAACUAGGGCCUUGGUACCCUGGAGUUGGGCUCCUUGACCCCUGGAGUUGAUACUGCCCCUGCCCUAGCCAUCCUCUGGGGGACAAUCAGUGAUAGCAAUAGACUGGAGAAGAAGAUUGAGAGACCCCUGGUUGUGAGGGGGCUAGUGUAUCUUAAAAUUGCAAUUGAGAGAGGAUGAGGGGUCCCUUGAUGGGCUGCAGCAAGUGGAGAGCACAUUAGGAGAGCAGCAGAUGGAGGUUUCAGGUCACAGCGUUCCACUCCAGCACAAGGAUUCUUACGCUGUGUUUCUGGACUGCAAAGCAAACCAGUGCUGGACUGACAGCAGGGACCCCAGCACCGAGCUCUGGUGCCCCUCGAUGGCAGGUCAGACUGGGUCAUUCAUGAAGGUGGUGGAGUCUCAUGGUGGGACAGACAAGGAGCAAGACUACCCAGGGGGUAGGGGCACUGGACGUGGGGUUGGGAAAUGCAGCUUCCAUUCCUGCUCUGCCACUGACUCACUGUGCAGUGCUGGGCAAGUCACUUCACUGCUCAGGUUCCCCCUCUGCUUAAUGGGAAUAACGAGACUUCAUGAUGAUUGUGAACUGCCCAGAGCUGAACAACUGGAGCAUGCCAGGCCUUAGCCCAGACCUCUCAAGUAGCAGUAUGUAAACCCAAGGGGCGCAUGCAAACUGGUGCUCAGGGAGACCUGUUCCCAUUCGUUUGUGGAACUGUCCCAUGCAGCUUCACAGGGACUGGUUUGCCUGCAGCUCCGUUUAAGGAAGUGUAAGGGUCGUGGUGUUAUGGGGACGGGUGUUUUCCCAUCCCAGUGCCCUCAGUGGCAGACAGAUGCUAGGUGGGCCCAAUAAGGGCUCCUGCCUUCUGACCCCAGCCAGUCAGGGGAACAGUUUCUCAGUGCAGCUGAAGGGGCACCAAGAAAUAGCAGCAGCAAGCGUUAGGGAAGUCAGGGGGCCUCUGCCGUUCUGCUGGGCUAGGAGGAAGUCCUGAAAGGCAGAAUAGCUCGGGUGGAGGGGAAGAUGCGAGAGGCUCACACAGGAAAUUCGAGGCACGGAACAAGCUCUCCGCUUCCCCUCCGGCCUCAAAAAUAGAAAAAACAGAAGUGGCGGGGAGAGCAGUCGCGUUUCCGUGUCCUCACGCAGACACCCAGCAGGAGAGGGACACAGGUGGAGCAGACGGCUGUGCUGCGGACAGUAGCAUGCCCAGCUUUCACCGCCGCUCACCUGCUCUUGCAUCCCAAAGUCCAUAGCCAGGUGGGGAGGCAGAGGGAGACUCCCCUGUAUUUGCAGAGCCGAUACCAGCUGUAUCUGGCGCAGGCAGGUGUCACAUGGGGAACCUUCUUAAAGUGUUGACUUAUAACGACCUUGAACAAGGCCCUAAUUUUUUCCUUGACUUUGAACAUGCUCAGCCCACGGAAGCCGAGACAGCUGUGUGGAACCAGGUCAAUGCCGUGCUAGAGGAAGCACAGACAAUCCUGGCUGAACUGCAGUCCUACACGGGGGCUGGGCUGGAGAUCAGAGAGGCAAUCCAAAAUCCCAAUGACCUCCAGCUACAGGAGAAGGCCUGGAACGCCGUGUGCCCUCUAGUGGCAAAGCUGAAACGCUUCUAUGAGUUCUCUCUUCGACUGGAGAAUGCUUUGCGCAGCUUGCUGGAAGCUCUGACUAGCCCGCCCUAUGCACCGACUCAGCACCUUGAGAGAGAACAAGCCCUAGCAAAGCAGUUUGCAGAAAUCCUACACUUCACCCUCAGCUUCGACGAGUUCAAGAUGACCAACCCUGCCAUCCAGAAUGAUUUUAGCUACUACAGAAGAACCCUCAGCCGAAAUCGCAUUAACAAUUUACAGUUGGAGGCCGAGAGUGACGUUAACAAUGAAAUGGCCAACAGGAUGUCUCUCUUCUAUGCAGAGGCCACGCCUAUGCUUAAAACUCUAAGCAACGCCACAACCAAGUUUGUUUCAGAGAACAAGACCCUCCCCAUUGAGGACACAACUGACUGUCUGAGCACCAUGGCCUGUGUCUGCAGGGUGAUGCUGGAGACCCCGGAAUACAGGAGCCGGUUUACCAACACUGAGACUCUUCUCUUCUGCAUGCGAGUGAUGGUUGGAGUCAUUAUCCUCUACGAUCACGUUCACCCCGUCGGGGCUUUCGCAAAGACCUCCAAAAUUGACAUGAAAGGAUGCAUCAAAGUCUUGAAAGAUCAGCCUUCAACCAGCACAGAGGGGCUCCUGAACGCACUGAGGUACACCACCCGGCACCUCAACGACGACACCACGUCCAAGCAGAUCCGGGCCCUGUUGCAGUGAGCGCCUCGAGAGCGGUGGGGUGGGGGGGGAUCUGUGCAGCUGAGGCCUGGAGGCUUAACUUAGAACUGUCAGCAGAAAAUUUUAAAUGUUGCCAUGUUGCUAUAAAUAACCAUGAUCAUAGUCCUCAUUUUGUAAAGAAAGGGAAAAAAGUUUUUAAAAAAUAAAAAUGCAGAAAUACAAGAACAAACUAAGCAGCCCACAAAUCCGCCCUCCCCAACGCCCCCCGCCUCCCUCCAAAGAAGAUCAGUGUCCAACUCUGGCAGGCUGCGUGCCACCCACUCCGUGCGUCUCCGUUCCGUUUCCCACCCCCAGCACCCCCUCAGUGGCGAUGUGACAUGCCCAGUUCUUAGCCUGCCUGAGCUUGGGGUGGGGGCUCGGGGAUGGAAGCCCAGGAGCAGGGGGGGCGUCCCAUGGUUCCCACAGGGGUACAGUGUACGGUCACUUUAUCUGGACUACACCCCCCCAAGUGCGAUGGGAGGGGUCCAGGGCAUGGCCGGCAGGAAGCCGCCUCUCCUGACAGAUGUAAAUAAUGUGCGUGAAUCACUCCAAGGGUCCGACUGUGACAACGAUGACGAUGAAGAAGAAGAAGAAAAAGACAUCAUCUUGAAACCCUCCCGCACUGAGUCCAUUGAAAAUAGCUCAGUGCACCUCUUAGAUUUUUAAUAUAAAACAAUUAAAAGCCACUCACCUGUUAUUUUGUACAUUUUUGUGUGAAAUAAAAUAACAUUUAAUCUGUUUA